AAGACCUAUAAUUAUGUAUUGUCAUUCAAUGUAAUAGUCAGAGUGUAGAUCUAUAACUUGAGUCAGACAAUGAAAGGUUACAGCAUUCUCUUAGACCUGAUCUUGCUAGUAGCUAUAGGCUGUGUUGCAGGACAGAAUUUCGUGCAGCCAGAGAGGCAAAUAAAGUGCCCUGCUGUUAAUCAGCCAUGUGAGAUAACGUUUCGAGUGUCAUACACCACCACACUGGCACCAAACUUGUUUAUACCUGGCGUAGGUUUUCUUGACUUCGGAACACCUGUAACUCUCAACAGCAGUGGAGGCUACGAAUUUGACUAUGGCUCUUCACAAGCUGCACGAACGCGACUCCAACCCAUUGAUGGUGAUGGUAUUUCAAGAAGGCCCCUCUACGUAAUCAAUAAACAAUUUCCUGGGCCUACAGUUGUCGGCUACACUAACCAGACAGUAAGGAUUAGAGUGAUUAAUGCUCUACACACUCAAGCUCUUUCCAUGCAUUGGCACGGUAUGCAUCAGAUUGGAACCCCACACAUGGAUGGUGCUGCGUACAUAACACAAUGUCCAAUUCUACCUAACAAUGAGUUCACCUACGAGUUUCAGCUGUUUCCAGAAGGAACGUUUUGGUAUCAUGCCCACCUUGGAUCCGAGCGCUCAAACGGACUUUAUGGAGCUCUAAUUGUUGUACCACCAGAGCCAAGCCCAACUAACUUUAUUGACAUGCUUGGAGCUCAUACUAUACUUCUUGAUGAGUGGUUCACUGUCAACUCCGAGGAGGUGCAACAGUCACCUAUAUUCUCCCCAGAUCCAUUAAAUCCAAAUGCACCAUACCGCACAAACCCAGUACCAACUUAUGAUGGGACCGCCAAUAAUAUCCCAUUUAACGGAGGAGUAAUUAACGGUGCUGGCUGGAGGUACACUGCUGACAGUGCCAGCUGCAGACGCUUAGCUAAUACUACGCUACCGUCAUUUGAGGUCACCCAAGGAAAUAGGUACAGGUUUCGGGUGAUAGGAUCCCAAGCUGACCAAAACAUGCGUAUCUCAAUUCAAGGUCAUGGCCUAAAGCUGCUUGCAACUGAUGGUUCUAAUACAAAAACUCCAGAUUCAUUGCCCCAGGAAGUAGACUACAUUAUUGUGAAUGUGGCAGAAAGAUAUGACUUCAUUGUGGAAGCUAACCAAGCUAUUGACAAUUAUGUUAUUAUGGCCGAAUCAAUGGAAAUCCCAAGUGAAUUAGAAAGCCGUGGCUAUUGUGUUAAAGCUCAUAGAGCCUAUGCAGUACUACGUUAUGAAGGAGCCCCAUCUACAUUACCAGAGGAUUUUGACUCUCAGUACAACCCACUGGAACGCUGCAACAGUACUAAGCAAUGUUAUGCCAUCAACUGUCCGUUCAUGGAUUACCCUGACAAUGUAUUCACUACAUGCAUAAACUUUGAUGAAUUGGAGUUAGAGAAUUCUCUACCAGUACCAAACAAUGAUGUUGGGGAUACAGUGUUUCUAAACUUUCACGAAGCUGGAAAUGCAAUAAAUGCCCGAUCCUUAGCAAAUCCACCAUCCCCAAUUUUAUCCCAAGAAAAUGAUAUUAAUGAAGGUUCAUUUUGCGAGUACAGUCAAGAUUUGUCACGUGACAAUCGAGGGACUUGUUUACACACAUACACUGCAACUACUGAAACAGUUGAAAUGGUGUUGAGUAACGUAGGUGGCAGCCACUUUUCCGCACACCCUGUCCACAUUCACGGUCAUUAUUUUCAUGUACUACACGUUGGCUACCCAAGCUACAAUGCUACAACGGGAACAAUCAUUGCAAGAAAUCAAGAUCUCAAUUGUGCCACCAACGAUGGACUCUGCGAUAAGGGUGUAUCGUGGUCUGCAGGAGCCCCACCCCCAUCUUCUUGUCUCGAGUCCGGCACUUGCCCUCUAAAGGACACGAUAACUAUUCCCAGUGGUGGGUACGUAAGGGUGCGAUUUACUCGCAACAAUCCAGGCUGGUGGAUGCUCCAUUGUCAUAUUGAGAGCCACUUUUUAUUUGGAAUGGCCAUGGUCAUCAACACUACAUCUGCCCCAGGAAAUGUUCAGAUACCUGACAACUUCCCCCGCUGUGGGCACUUCAACUCUGCCACCUCUUCUACCCAACCCACUACCCAACCCACUGAAAAAGAAGAUACUACCUACCAGAAUGCAACAAUUGGUAUAGCUAUUGUAUGUGGUGCUUUGCUCCUAAUGCUCAUAAUCGUGACUAGCGUUUUGGUUUUUACAUGUGUUAAGCAGAAGAAACAAACUGCAACUGAGAAAGCUGCGACUGAGAAAGUGUUUCUAGCUCCACAGGAGGAAAACGCUAAAGAACGUGAACAAGUUCUAUAGAUUUUGUUCUGAAAAUUGCCUUAUGCAUGUAUGGGCAAACAGAAAAUUAAAUAUGAGAAAGUGUUUCUAGUUUCAGUAAAGAACAUGAACUUAUGAUUUUGUUGUAUUUUAACCAUGUCUUAUGGGCAAACAAAUAUUAUAACCAAGGGAGUAUUGAUCCCAUAAAAAUUUCUUGUUGGAAACCA